AUGGAAAGUGCUACAAAACAAGUGAGAAGAUUCUCUGAGAUGUAUAUUGCGUCAUGCCUAAGCAUAGGUAACAGAGAUCCUUGCAAGGGAGGAAACACAUACGACUUCAGCCAAAUCAUCUCACAAUUUGAAUUUAUACCGAGUAAGGACAAUGUGAAGUAUGAUGUUCCGGUGUUGAACACAUGCCCAAAGUGGGAUUACGGUUGGAUAAACCAGAAGCCUAGAAUAGAAUUACUGUCACCGAAAACUAAUAAAUUGAACUCGUUCAAAGGAUUCAUACUGAUUAAAAGGGAAGAGUAUGGUGAUAAAAACGAGUUUAUAAACUUGGUAAAGGAUAUGAUAAAGGAAAAGGGUAGUGUAGUGAUCAGCAUGAAAGGGAAAUCAGUACUAAAACCAGAUCACGAUGGCACAAAAGUUCUUAAUCUCUGUCAUUAUGGAAACGGAACCCAUUCGAUGGUUAUAAUUGGAUAUGGUAACUAUGUGAAUGAGUAUAAUGAAAACCGGAGAUAUUGGUUAAUUCGGAACAGCUGGGGACCAAAUUGGGGCGAUAAAGGAAACUUCAGACUAGAUAUGGAUGGACCUGGAAACUGCAAUGGAAAUGUAACAAACACAUGUUAUCAGAAAAUAUUAUUAGUUGUACUAAAUGUGAAGAUAAAUAAGAAUACAAGCAGAGUAAGAUAUGGAUAUGUGCCUCAGAAGUUAUCAAGACUCAGUAACGGUGUAACAAAGAAGAUUAAUGUGAAAUUCGAUAAUAAAGUAUACUCAAGACUGUUAUUCCUAGAAGGUAAAAACAAUUAUUCUAAAUAUAUUAUAGGACAAGGGAAUUCUCAAAUUGACUGUAACAGGGCAUUUAGUAUAAAUAAGGAUAGGAAUGAAGAAUGUGUAGAGAAAUGUGAACGAAAUUUAGAAAAGUGUAAAUCAUACGAAUUAAAAGAUGUGGGUCUUUGUCUCUUCUCUAUUGACAAUGACUAUGACUGUAUGAUGUGUGGUGUGUAA